AUGUCGAAUGAUAGAAAUUCUUUUCUGUCGGUCGGCGGGCCAGCCCUGAAAGCUGUCUUCGUUGGACUGGGAUUGCUAGGGUUCGUGGCGACAUGGGGCCGCAUGCUCGCGGACGGAAGCUUCGCGUUGAUCCUGAAGGUGCUGGAAGGCGAUAGCAAAGUUCCCGGGUCGGAUUUCGGCCUACGAGACAGCUUCAGUGGGAUCGGACCCUUAGACGACCUCGCACGCACUCUUGUGGUGUUCUUCUGGGAAGCCAUAGACGGGUCCCAUCCCAAGAGCUCAGCAGCGGGCAUCUAUAUGGCCGGCCAGAUGGCUCCCGUUAUAGUGGUCCAGUAUCUGGACAGCCUCAGGAAAGGAAACGGCGCCUCCACGCUGAAGAUCUCGGUGUGGUGGUUUAUCUUCGCCGCGGCUGCCAUUGGAGUCAGCGGAGCCGUUUGGGGUAUCGUCUGCUUGGCGACGUCUCCUUUGUUCUCGUCCUCCAUCGGACUGGACGCCCUACAGGAGGCGUCGCUGCCGUACUCUCCUCGCGCCGCUGCCGUAUUGCUUCCAGCGACGUACGCCAACUUCAUAGGUGGCAUGGUCCUCAUGUCUCUCCCGGUUCCCUCGAUGGCAUCCAGCAACUUUCGGCAGUUGGCUAUCAUCGCAUGGAACCUAUUCCCCAUCGGAAUUUCCGCAGUCGUGCACGUGGCAGAGCCUCUUUGGAGUGCCCUGUUCCCCGCUUCUGGCCGUGAACCUAAGCACGCGGCCCAUUUGCGCGUGGUCAGGUAUCUGGGCGCUGGCGCAAUGGCCCUGGGUUUCGCCGUGCAUGCGGGCGUGACAGCUGUCUCAAUCUCGGCCGCCUUCUUCCCUGCACUCUUUGCUCCAGGGUACGCAGAGCUGUUGCACCCGCUGUCCCUGGCCGUGCCGCCCAUCGCUGUGGAACAGGCGAAAUCGCCGGGUGAUGGAAUUUGGAGCUUCGUCGUGUGGGAUCAAGUCUUCGGAUUUGCAUUUGUGAUGCUCUUGUUCUUGGCACAGCUCCAGAAUGCCAUGCGUGUUUCGGAUCGGUUCGGAUCCUUCAGCUGGGCUAAGAUGUGCGCUACUAGCCUUAUAUCGUCCUUCCUCAUCGGCCCCGGAGUCACUAUCGUGGCUAUCAGCUGGCUGCGGGAUGAGAUUCUAUAUGGUGUGGAGAAGAAAGAGACCCGCAAUGGUAAAGCUAUUGCAAAGAAGAACUGA